CCCGACAGCCGACUGGCUGGACCGGCAUCGCGCGCUCGCCGCACGUACAAUCGCGUGUGGAGAUUGGGAAGGCCAGCUCGCUCAGCCCCUGUCGUUCAUUCCUCUGUUGGUGUUGGCGCUCCCCUCGUUCUUCUGCUCCCAAACCCAAAAGAAGCGUCUUCAUUUCGGCACUCGUCCAUUCGGGAUGUCGUACAUUGGGAAUUGGUAACCGACUGUGCAACUCAAUCGCGCACUGGACUCUCCAACGGCUUUGUGCCAUUCGACAUUGGCCGUCACAAUAGCUCAGUAGCCGCCAAUGUCUCGCGGGUCCCAUGUUCCACGCAGCACACGAACGUUACGGGCAGCCUAUCAGCAAGGCGCUGCUCGUUUUGUUUCCUUCACCCUCUCGGCCCAGCUCUUCUCGCAGCCAAGCAGACAAGAUGCAACCUCGACACCAUCCAUGCGGCCAUCUACCGGCUGAACUCAUCUCCACAAUAUUGGCAGGGCGAGGGUCUCGUCUACUGCCAUUACCCAAUGCGCUCUCUUUUGCCGCCAGCUGUAUUGACCACGGAAGGAUUCUCCAAUAGCUUGGGCGGCAUACUAUUGUAUAGCACCUGGCAUAU